AUGAUUGUUUACUUUGCUGUAGGUGUGGAUGCAUUAAAAUUUCUCAAUCCUCCACCCCAAAUUGCUAGUGGAUACCUAGGGAUGAAUUUUGACUUCAACUGUUCAACUGAUGAUGCAAAUGCAACAGUUAAGCUUUUCUUCGCUGCAAACUUUGUAAACUAUAAUGAAAGAACUUUGUCUCCUGAGAAACUUCACCUGAAUAAACAAGUUUUUACAUUGUUGAACCUUGGGGUGAAGGAUGGUGGACAAUAUAGGUGUAAAGCAACAGAUGGAAAAGAAAACAUUGAAUGGCCAAGCACUCAUGGUUUACUCUUUCUUUCUGAAGGUAGGUGGAACACAAGCAUAUAGUAUGUACAAUGUAGCUUACGUUAUGUAUUGUUUAGUAAAUCUAAUCCUCACUGUUAAUACCAGAAACUUAGGUUCAACAAAUCAACAGUGGUUUAGCAUGGUCUGUACUCCUCUCAAAAACACUAUAUUUGUUAUCACAGUGGUCAAAAUGUUAUGAAAUCACAAGGCAUAGCCAAGUGAGUCAACAACAAAUAAAACAAUUCUUUUAGUUUGACCAUUACGUGACAAGUUGACAUGAGCAGCAUUGUCUUUACUCUUAUUGACAACCACAAAUUGGCCAUUACUGCCAAUUGUGGUAAAAACAGUGUUCUUUUGUGUUUUGUUCAUGCAACCAUUUCAUCUCCAGGAAUGACCAUAAAAAAGUUUUCUUUCUCUAAAAACAUUUUCAAGCAAAAGGUGUCAAGAGAAGACAAAAUAUCACAGGAAUAUUAUUUGAUUUUAUACCAAACUCUCAAAGAUAAUGUAGUAAGAAAUUUUCGCAGACAGUGUGGAGAAUUGAUAUUGGAUCUUAAGGGUAAAGGAGGUAAUUUUCCUGUGAGAGUACAUUAAAUUAUAAAGUGCCAGAGAGUGACAUAAAACAAGAUUCACCAGGAGUAUCAUUGAAUAAAAGUAUUUUAUGGCAAUGAAUUCUUUUGAAAUCAACAUAUUUAACUAAAAAGGUUCUAAGGUGUACAGGGUUAAUGAUAUUUAUGAGCAUUUAAUUUAAAAGUGUUGUGUUACCUUACAGGAGAUUUGCCAGAUAUUGUACUUGAUCCACAAAGACCAAUCAUAAUACAGCAGGGGCAAACUGGAAAAAUCACAUGUCAAGCUCUUGGUUGGUCAGUCAGCAAACUUGCAUGGAAGAAGCGAACUGACUCUGGUGACCAAAAUGUUCCAGACAGCAAAGUUACAAAUGUUUUAGAUAAGUCUGAAAAUUUAGUGAAAGCAACCCUAACCUUCACUAAUGCUCAAUCUCAAGAUAGUGGUGAAUAUAAAUGUGUGCUGACAGCUUUCAGCAAACAGGAUUAUAAGCUUGCAAAUAUACGUGUGGAUGGUAAGCUAUGAACCAUUUUUAUAAUGCAGCAUUAGCAUUUUUCUCAAGCCACUAAAUUUUAUAAUUGUGAUGCCAUUGGUAUAGUUGAGCACACAGAACCUAAUUCUACUAUCCAGACAUGUUAUCAAAAUUGUAUGUUUUUCCAUGGUCAUUUUUUUAGUGGGAGAUGUGGUGUCUGUGUGGUUACAUGUACAUGUAACAUGUGGGAGUGGAGAGGUCAGCACUGACCUGGCAGGGUUGUUGUGUCAAGUUUUGGAGCAAGAUACCAUACUCUUACAGUGUGUUGCUUCUCUCAGGAGUAUCAAAAGUUAACAGCCCUUAUCAAGCAGAUGUCUUAUAAUUCAUAGGCUCUUCAUACCAGGAAAUUCAUCUGGUUCUGUGGACCAUAAGACUGGAAAACUGAUCAACCUUGCCCUAUUUACUCAAUAAACAUGAACAGUACCUUGAUAAUUUUCUAUUAUGGUAUAUUUAUGUACAGUUAUCUAUCUUCUAAUUUGUUUGUAGCACCUCAACCACCAACUUUGUAUCCAUACAGUGGAGGGACAACAGUUAAUGAAGGGACUGAAAAAACUCUUAGAUGUAUAGCUAAAGCAUCUCCAAAAGCCAAUAUAACCUGGUACAGGCAUGGCAAGGAGUUACAGAACACCACCUCCUGUUCCCCAUCAGAUGAGAAAGAGUGCAAGACUGUUUAUGAGAUUUAUGAAGAUGACCCCACCUCUGCUUUGCACACUACUUUCACUAAACAAGUUCUUCAGAUACACGGUGUCAUGUAUCCAAGAGACCAAGGGGGGUUCAAAUGCAUUGCAAUGAAUGGCAUUGGUCAACCUGUUGAGUUAAUUAUAGACCUUGAUAUACUUGGUAUGUGCAGUACUUUUAUUUGCAGUUUAUUUCAUUCACUGCUGUUGAACUUCUUCUUUUAACAGCCACCUUGCAAGGCUCCGUGCUCAAUAUGUUUCAAAUGCGCCAUUUGAAAACCUAAAUUCAUGAAAAUAUUUGGCCACAAAUAACGUUUAGUCAAGAGAAAAAAAAAAGCUGGCUGGAAGUAGUUUCUAGAGGUUCAUAGGAUGUCUGGAGGUGUAAUGAACUCAACCAAGGAGAAAUCAAGGGAUAAAAACAAUAUUGGUGAUAUUUUUGCUGUGGUGUGGCAGUUAGCCUGCUUAACAAACUGACUGCCUCUCAGUGCCUUUCUCUGUCCAGUUGUAGUCAGAGGUACUAAGAAACUGUUGGACACAAAUUGAAAAUUGAAAAGUGUGUCAACAAACAACAAUGGACUGGCAUACUAUACAAGGAGAUUGAAUAGCAAUACUUGAAUGUUAAUUGAGAUGUGGAUUGGUGCAUUUGGCUCAACUGAAAACCUUACUUUUACCUUUUUUCAUUUCAGCACCACCUGCUAUAGAUAAAGAGCGAGAUGAAAUACCAGCUAAAGAAGGGCUGGAAGCAAAAGUGAUCUGCAAGGUGACAAAAUCUAACCCACUUCCCACUUUCACAUGGAAAUACCAAACUGUCAAAUGUGAGGACUGUGUACCUGAUGAAGGCAAUUGGAUUGAUGUUCCGUCAUAUCUUCUCCUUACACCCCAAAAACAAACAAACUUAAGUGAAGUUCAAGUUGAGAAAAGUCAGUCUGCUGCUUUUUACCGUUGUCAAGCUGACAAUGGUGUUGGAAAUGACACUCACAUUGUAAAACUCGUUCGGCUUGGUAAGUAGUUUUUAUUUAUUGUUUCAAGAUUGAGCUCAGUAAUUAUCAGGAAAAGCAUCCAAUGGACAUAAUUUGUGUAGAAUGAGAUUAAACCAAAUUUGAAGUAGUUCGAUGAAUUAGUUAAAGUAAUAUUGCACCAUCCAUUUAUUCUGAUGAUCCAAGCAUUUGUUCCCUUUACUAAUUGCGCUCUUGUCAGUUUUGUUAAUUUUUUGUGACACUAGACAAUUCCCACUUUUUUUACCUUGUGAAAUUGUGAUGUUGACUAACAUGUUUUGUCAUCAAAAUUUACUCUCCAUUUCAUUGUAUGAGAGAUGUUUAGAAUAAUUAGCACCAAUAAUAUUUUAAUCAACAGCAAAAUCAAAGAAAAUUUAUGAGUUUGAGUCAGACAGUGCAACACAGUUAGAUGAAGAAGGCACUUUGCAUCUCGUUUGCAUCAGGCGAUGUGGUCUCUGGUGCACUGAUACCCUCUUUAAAGAUGGUCAACAGCUGUCUGUUCAAAAAAAUGACUCACGUGUCAACAUCACAACAAUACAAUCACCUAAAGAUAGGUAUGAAAGCAAGCAGAUAUUGACGAUAAAGAAAUUGACACUUAAUGACUCUGGAAGUUACCGCUGUGGGCCUGCUGGUCCAGAAAAUGAUGUACUUAACAUCACUAUCAAAAGUAAGUACAGUUUUUACUUAAAAGCGGUCGUUGAGCAGACUGAAGGCUUUAGUUAACCCUUUCACCCAUAUCGGUGAGUAGCAUUCAAUUUCUCCUUGAAAUGUCACCCCUUAAUCAAACACAAAGGUCACAAGAAUGAAGGAAAAGUUGCAAAUUGAAGAAGCUCUUGAUUAUUAGACAAAUUUUCCCUGUUAAUACCAAAGGAAAUUUAUAGAGAAUAGUGUGGAGAAUAUGGAUACUGAUGUUAAGGUGUAAAGGGUGAAUUGAGUCCUUAAGUCUGUCAUUGCUUGAAUGUUUCCAUUGGUUUCUUAUUACUGAUUCUUCUUAUGUACUCUGUUGUGGGGGAUUGCAAAAAAGAAAUUUGGUUACAACAAUGGUUGAAGACAAAAUGGUUGGAUUUUGUUUUCAUAACCACCAUUAAAAACUGCUCAGUAUACACUUUUCCUAACUUGUCAAGAUAAAUUUGAAAUUCACUUGGAGGAGCAUAGUGUAAAUGUCUAUCCUCCUACUGAUUGUCUCCACUGAAAACAGCUGCAUUCAGCAGUAAAAUUAUCAAUCAGAUAAAAAAUCAGGAAUGCAAUUCCCACAGAUCUCACUGUAGUCAUAGUGGAAUUGAAUCCAAUGCAGAAUAACCCAUGCACACAUACCUGUUUGCAUUGCCUUCUAGUUUGGAGAUGCCAUUAUGUUCUCGUGCUAUGAUAAAAUUUUGCUUUGCAAGUACAUAUGCUUAAGCUUGAAACUUUUCACCCAUUAAAUAUUUUUUUUGUGCUUGUAGAGGUGUAAGGUGGAGGCAAGAAAAAACUCCAUUGAGAGCUAACAACUUAUGAAGGGCCCCUCAUGCUGGGAAGAUUUUGACUCAGAGCCUGUUUUGUUGUGUGAUUUAAAUCUAAGGGGAACAAUUUUUAUGUAACGUGAUAAAUCCUUAUCCUUCAGGGUGAAGGGUGUACAACUGAAGGGUAAUUAGUCAUUGGCAAUGAUAUACAAAUCUUGGGCAUGUUACAAUAUUGUUUUUUUGAGGCACAGCCUAUGGAAAGUAAAAUCCAUCAUUAAGCAGUGAUAUUUUUCUUCUGCAGAAUUAGUUGCACCAGACAUUAGCAAGUUGCCUGAUAAAGCUGCGAUUCAAGAUGAAGACUUUCAAGUGCAACUGUACUGUAAUGCCACUGGGCACCCAAAGCCAACUCUUACUUGGUACAUUGAGAGAAAUGGAGAAAAAGUGCGCAUCAAUGAGAAAGGAGAAGGGCUGGGUGGAAAUGUAGAUGCCUGUCGGAAACGGACCUCUGGCUACUUCUUUUUGGUAGACAGAAAUCCUUCUGACCUUGUGAUUUGCCGCCCAAAACUACAACAUAUAGGAAAAUAUACAUGUCGUUCUAGCAGCCCUAGAUUCAAAGAUAAGGAACAAAGUGCAUUCAUCAAUGUGUUUAGUGAGUAGUUUUCAAUUGUGUUGUGAUAUAAGUCUUUUGAUGCUGUAUAUCUUUACCGACUUACGCACAAACACAUUAAUGUACCAUCAGACAGGGUUUUUACUCGACAAUGUAGUUUUGGAAAAUGAAGUUAUUGAUUUGGGAGCUUUUGGGUUGAAUGAAAAAGCGGGAUAUUCAUUUUUUUCCCUUUAAAGUGGAUUUCACAGCAGAAUAAUGCAUCAUGCCAGAACAUCUUGGUAGGGAAGACAUGUUUGGUCUAUUCUUUUGUAAAAUGUAGGAAAAGAAUCCGAGCUUGUGAGGGAGAUCAUAAUCCCAAUUCUCUAGCUCAUAGUCAGUUUAUUGCUCACUCUGGCUUUUCAGGUGCUUACAGUUCCUAUUGUUUCAGAUUGUAGAAAAAUAACAUUUCCUGUUCCAUAACUGACUGCUUCUUUUCCCCAAAUAGUGGCAGCUAAAAUCAAAGAGCCAGUGGAUGGGUACGAAAUUCAGAAACUGAAAGUUGGCCAGAAAUUAAAUGUGACAUGCAGAGCUGAAGGAAACCCACUGCCUAAUGUAUCAUGGGUACAGAACAGUACUGGCAAGGUGAUAGCAUCUGAGCUGGGCUCCCUCCAGCUUAAUAAGGCUCUGGAGAAAGAUGCUGAUUUUGGUAGUUAUAAAUGCAUUGCUCGCAAUCGCUUGAAAAACAGUGGAUGGAGAAAGGAUGAAGUUCACAUAAAAGUGAUCAAAUGUAAGUUGGUAACUGCAUUUGGAAUUAUGUUAGAUUAUACAGUUUAAUGUUCAAAUGACAGUCAAGGCUCGCUUUCUCCUUUAACCCCCAAGAGUGAUUGGCAUCUAAUUACUGUGUACAGUACCACUGCUAAAACAAACACUGAGGCAAUGAGAAUGAAGGAAAUUAUUGCCAAAUUAAGUUCUCCUUGCCAGUGUUGAAGAAAAUGUUUAGAAAACAAUAAUUGUGGAGAGAAUAUACAUUGUGAUGUUAAGGGAGUAAAGAAGGCAAGCUGUCCUCUGUAUUCUUCAAUGACCAAGAGCUGCUCUGAGUUUGGAUGAUUUAUUGUCCAUUGCAAAGUUCUGACAUUAGAACAAUUAGCUCCUUCUUAAAGGUUGUCUUGUAUUUAGAACUGCUGCAGAGGAGAAACACUCUCGAACAGAAACAAACCUCUUGCUUGUUAAGUUAAGUACCACAGGCCGGGGAGGGGGGGGGGAGAAAAUACAUGUUCAACCAAGAUAUGCAGCCAAGUAAUACUUUAUGUCUUGAUCAAGUGCUGCAGUCUAAAAUUUAGAAGUAUAGUAUUUGAUAUUUGUUUGUUCUUUGCUGUUUCUUGUUUGGUUCUUUUGUUUAUUAGAACCUCUAAAGGUAAAGAGAGCACUUCCAUUGUACAGUGUUUAGGUGCAUGUAUUUAUAUUUUUGUCUUUUUUUUUUUUUGCCUUGUGAAGUUUCCACUCCUGUUACAAGAGCUGGAGGGUCUCCACUGAGUACUGGUGCCUUGGUUGGAAUUGCCAUUGGUGUGGGUGUCUUGGUUCUGCUUGUACUAGUGAUAUGUUGUGUGGUGUAUCGCAGACAAAAGAGACAGAUUGACGAAUACAAGGAGAUUUACUUCCUACGAAGCUCAGACUACCAGGUAAUCUGAAACUUCCAGGCUCUGAUUAUUAGUUCUCCUUUUUAGUUGCGGAGGAUUUCUUGUGAAAUCAUUUGAGAAAUUGUUUUUUUUAUCUACCGUAGUUAUUCGGUUAUAAGGCGCACCGUUUUUUUCAAGAAAUUCCUAAUUUCUACUAAAAAUUACCGUCAAAGUUUGGGUGCGUCUUAUAGGCGAAUAUUUUCCCGAAACAAUUUUUUUUGAUCACAGUUACUGGUACGAUUUCAAGCAAAUAAAAUGACACACACACAUUGACUUUUAUGAAUAUGGUGGUUCUGAAAAGACAAGCGAAGUCAAAUUUGCAUAGAUGUGAUACGUGCUCGAGAGCACGUGCUUAGUAAUUUGAUACGUCACAAAACGAAACGAAAAUAAACAAGCGAAGAAGUAAAUACCUUCUUCAUCCUUUCAGCCUUUUUAGUGCACUGAGACCUGCAUUCUCGGCGGUACAUCUUGUUUAAUCAAGGCUUUUGUUUGUGUGCGUGGUCGCGUGUGCGACAAUUCAGCUUUUGUUGAUUAACGGUAAACUAAAAUCAAUACGCGACUUUUUCGCUUUUUUGUAAGUUUAUGAAAGAAUUUACAAUAAAGUUGAACGAUCUUUACUCCCCAAACAACGGUGCGCCUUAUAACCAAGUAUUUCAGCGAUUUUCUCAGUUUGAAAACAUGCAAUAAUGAAGUUGCCGAAUUGGGGGUGCGUCUUAUAGCCGAGUGCGCCUUAUAACCGAAUAACUACGGUAGAUAAUGCUUCUAAGCUGCGAAGGGGGUUUGUUCUCAUCACCUGUUUCCUACUAAACAUCAUGAACAUAGCGAUGUUUAUUUGUCAUAGUAAAUGUGGGGUGAUGCUUGUUGUUCAAGUUACAGUACCUGUUCCCUUUUAAAGUGGUAAGUUAACUAUUGCUGGAUAGGCAAGAGUUUGUUUGUAUGUUUGUAAAUGCUAUCGUUACUUAUGAAAACAUUUUUGUGUUUAGAUCGACCCCGACCGCAGCCUCCUGGAGCAGUGCAGCGAUCUGCCAUAUGACCCAGACUGGGAAUUCCCCGAGGAGAGACUUAUUCUCGGGGAUGUGCUGGGUGCUGGGGCCUUUGGUCAGGUUAUUAAGGCAGAAGCUAUCGGCAUCCUGGCCUUUGAACCACGUGAUAAGAGCGCCGAGUCAUUCAAGCGACGCUCGAAAAUACGCAGGUCCUCGCGGGCCAAAGAUCUGAAGAAAGAAGAAGGCCCCGGAUGGAAAAACACGAGGAUUCCUGUAGCAGUGAAAACCUUGAAAGGUCAGAGGAAAGCAGCUUGAUAUACCAAUCAAACCCCUAAGAGUGACUGGGUUCUUAUUUCUCCCUAUAGUAUCACCCUUGAAUAAAAUAUAAAGGUAAUGAUAAUAAGGAAAAGAUCACCAAUUCCGGAAGCUCCUGAUUGUCAUCAAAUUCUCCUCGGUAGCACCAAAGAAAAUGUAAAGAGAACAGUCUGGAGAAUAUGAAUAUUAAUUUCAAUUGUAAAGAGUUAAGCUUAAUAUCCUAAUGCCUUCACUGAUUUUUUUCCUUUUUCUUUUUUUUUCAUGCGACGAACCUCGUUCUACUAGAGAGUUAAUUAGAGAUUGUUUUCGUGAAAUUUUGGAAUUUUUUUAACAAACUUGUCGUUGUCGUCAUUGCUGUUGUCAUUAUCAUCGUCAAUAUUCUUGUAUGCAUUUUAAUCAGUGUUCUAUCUUUUUUUUUUCCAGAGGGUGCAAGUGAAUCAGAAUACAAAGAUUUAGCCUCAGAACUCAAGAUCCUUAUCCAUCUUGGACAACACAAAAACAUAGUGAAUCUUCUUGGAGCUUGUACGCGUGGAAAGCGACUCAUGGUGAUUAUGGAAUUCGCUCCCAACGGCAGCUUACUGUCUUUCCUUCGAGGUAAAAGGGAUAUUUAUGAGCCAGACUGGACGAAGACCACCAAUGAUCCGAAUAAAGAAUUUACACUUGUCGAUCUCGUAAUGAUCAGUUAUCAGGUCAGCAGAGGAAUGGCAUUCUUGGCUUCAAGGAAGGCAAGUUUUUUUUUUUUCACUUCAGUUGUGAUCUGCCACGCAAAAUUGUUUUGCCAUAGUUUGCAGCGCGGACAUUCUGUAUUCCAAGAAUUAAUUGGAAACGUCUAUGAGCUGAUUGAAUUGUUUUUGGAACUUGCCUGGCAACCAGGAGCUCCUCCUUUAAGCGUUAUUUCCAUGCUAGGAAACUCCUCUUGAUUUGAACUUUGAGCACCAUAGAAAUACCACAAUGAGAGAAGUCAAAUUUGCAGUGUUAAGACUAUACUGACAUCAGUAAUAAAUCCCUCUCCAGUGUGUGCACCGCGACUUGGCCGCAAGGAACAUCUUGGUGGGUGAAGACUAUGUAAUGAAGAUUGCAGACUUUGGUCUUGCUAGAGACAUUUACAAAGAUGAUCUUUAUGUGAAGAAGACGCAAGGAUUACUGCCAGUAAAGUGGAUGGCUCCGGAGUCUCUGUUCGACAGAGUUUACACUGAGAAAACGGACGUGUAAGUUUUGCUGCUCACAAAGCUGUACGCUUUUAUGUACGUAAUUAUAUUGUUGACAUUCCGUUGCUGCAAUAAUCGCACCAAUUGAAAACAGUUUAGAUUUGUGAUACUGGUAUGGGAGAUUUAGCGCGAAAUAACCUUCGGAUUUAUACAACUGGACUGCACACCCCCUAUCAAGAGCUCCGAGAAGUUAUUUUGGGGAAUGAAAAGUAAUUUCAUUUUGAUCGUCCGCGACUGUCUCGUAUAAAGAAUAUGUCUAAAUUUUAAUUUUAACUAAUUUGUCUAAUCUCCAGGUGGUCUUUUGGUAUUCUGAUGUGGGAAACAUUUACCCUUGGAGGUACCCCCUACCCCGGUCUUCCCACGGAACAGCUUCUUGAUUACCUAAGUGAAGGGAAGCGGAUGGAUAAUCCAGCCAAGUGUCCACUGGAAGUGUACACCGUCAUGAGGGACUGCUGGCUUCACGACCCUGAACAAAGGCCACACUUCGCUACCUUGAACGAGCGACUAGGAAAAAUCUUGGAAAGGCACAUGACAACGGUAUAGACUGCUAUGACAUAUUUUUAUUUUAUGACAUGUAUCUUUUACUGGCGACUGUUUUUGAAAAAAGUUAGCAAGGAUCUCAAUUCUUCACGAAGCCUUUGCCACACCCCAAGCCUGAUUUUGUUUCGAUUUUUCUCUCGUCUCGUCUGACGGACAACUAGAGACAAGCUCUUUUUAGCAGUCUUUCACCCAGUUAUGCAGGGGCCUUCCUCAUAAAGAACAUUUUCAAAUGGUUGCUCCAUAACUGAACGUUUAAUUGCCGUAAAUAUUCUUCUUUCGAAUGUAGUCGUGAUUAUUCUGUCCUUCCUCCAUCAGGAGAACCCUUACCUUGCGCUUGAGUUGGACGAUGAUGAGGGUGUUGAAAGUCAGGGGUAUUAUCUGCAGCCGUGUGAUUCAGGUCUGCGAGAUUCCAAGCGAUAUGUGGAGUCACCAAUAAGCUCUCCGACAGGCGAACUUCCGCCGAAUACGACCCCGGAAGGAGCUGGAAUGGGGUAAGUUAAGAAAAAUCACAAAGACUACGAAUUUAUCGACAGUAUUCGUCGAAUGACCUUUGCUUUCUGUCGCUCAUCCUUCUUUCCACGUUAGUCAAAUCAGACGCCAAAUUCUCCCAACCCUCUGCUCCCCAUGUUUAAACACUUUCCGUGGGAAAACUGGGGUCACCGUGUUUGGGAGAGAAUGUAUUAACCUUUUUUAACCAUGGAAUCUUUCUGUUCAUCUUCAGGUACGAUUCCCCGUUACCUGCUUUACCACCAGGUCUGGACGUGAUGAGCGACGACGAAAUCAAAAACGCACCCCUGCCUUCCAUCCCUCCCUCGUAUGAAGAAGCUUUGAGCGACGAAGAUGAGUCCCGGCCAAUGAGAGGUGGGAGGACGAACAGUGCAGCAGGAGAGAGCGGUAUUGACGUGGAUGGAUUGGACGAUGGUGAUUACAUUGACGACAUACGUGGGGAUACCCCCUUCCUUUCCCCUGUGGAAAAGAUCCCAGAAACUGACGUUUUGCAGAAAGGAAAUAGACGUAAGAUCGAAACAGCACUUUGAGAAUUUCAAUUCCACUCCUUCAAAUUUUGAAGUCGUCGAAAUUCAGAACAAUAAGUGAGUUGCAGCUGUACGAAAUAACCGCACAGAUAAGGAUCAUUCGACCUUUGUGUAUAGACACUAUUUAAACAGCCAUUGCCAAAGAUACACAUGCUACAUCGAAAGGGAAAGUAAGCUCCACCCAGUUAAUCUUUUAAGUUAAGCCUGUCGCCCAACGUGACAGAUGAUGUAACAAAACUCAGUAACGAUUCGAUUUACUGCUUACACUAUUUAUUUUUGUUUUUUUACUAAGAGGGUGUCAUUUGCUCGCCUUUGGAGCUAGAAAUGACUGGUUUGUCACUCGUUUGCUAAGCUCUUUUCUGAGAUAACUUUCUCUUAGAGUUCCUAUAUUUGAGACGAGUCUUGUGAAACUCAUAUGACUACUGUUAAUCUUACUCAAGGAAUUAAUGUACACUAAUUACGCUCUGUAUAUCUUUAAAUGAAUGGGUAUAUUUUUGAAGAAAUAAUGUAGAUUCAAUCUUCGAAUUGAAUUUUUGUUACUUUUCUGCUUUCUAAGUAUUCUCUAAGUGAACCUCGUAAUGGUGAAAGAUUUUACAAAACUAAUUUUAGAAAGGAAAUGAGCUAUUCUGAUAUAAAUUUUCAGUGACAUGUGACCAUUAUAAAAUGCAAAGUGAAGUAACGAUAUCCAUCGAAACAAAGUGUGAAAUUGCUUGCUUUCAUUUCUCUGUGUAAAGUUACGAUAUGUUUAUCAUUAGCAGUUGAUAGUAGUCGCGCGUGUGGUCAGCGAAAUGUUGUUCAGCUUUUCCUAGUUUCAUUCAUAAAUGCAACAAAGCUACGUUUGGCUCAUAUCAUGUAAAGUUAUUUAUUCGAAAUUAACUUUUGAAUUCCGCUGUAUAAACAUGUCGCAUUCAGACCAAAUCUGAAAUGUUAAACUUGAGCGAUUUUCUAACAGAAUGUUAAAAAAAUACGUAGAUGGCACUUUUAAACAACGUCCUCUCUAGAAAUGUAUAUCAAAUGAGAUUAGUAACAUUUUCAUUGUAUAGGUAUAUUUAGGCGCA